AUGAUUCGCAAUAAGAAGGGUAAUGGUCAGUCGUUGGCACAUGCAACAGGUAUCAUUACACCCAGUUGUCACAUUGCACAACGUGAAUCACAUUCCAAACUAUAUUGGAUUGUGGAUAGCGGGGCCACAGAUCACAUUUCUCAUUCACCUCCUACACAUAAUCAUACUACGCCUCAUCAUGAAUUUGUGGGCUUGCCCAAUGGAGAACAGGCAGAAAUCCACAACAUUGGGUCUAUUAAAUUAACAAAAGACUUGUCUCUUGAUGAAGUUCUUCAUGUUCCCAAAUUUCAUGUCAACUUGCUAUAUGACGUGGAUACGAAGAAGACGAUUGGCCUGGGCAAGCAUUUUGAUGGGCUUUACUACCUCACACCUGCCCAAAAUCCUCACCUCAUUAGUCAUGUUCGCCGCACCUCAGAUCUUUGGCAUCAACGUCUAGGACACCCGUCAUCUGCUCCUCUUCACUCUCUGUCAAAGAAUAUUCCUGAAAUCAUUUGCACCUUUUGA